CUCCGUUUGAAAGCGCUUAGCACUGCUGCUACACUGUGACAGCUGAAUGAUGAGGCUUUCUUGCUUACUCCUGCUGACCCUCAGGUUUUCGGGAGACACAUGACCAGACUGCUCAGCAAUGACCCAGAUUGUUUUUCAACAUGAUCGUGUUCUAUCAGACGUCCACAUGCUCCAACCCAAUUCACGCAACCACAUGAUACGCCUCAACUAUGUUGGACAGCCGGUUUUUGUCUCCAGGUUCAAGAUCCUGACCGAUGAUGACAAACACACCUCUGACUCAGAAGAUCGGUCCAUCAAGAGUGUGGAUAAAGGAAAAGACAUAGAGAAAGAGAAGAUUGAAGAUGAGGGUGAAGGAACCAAAGAUGAGCCAGAGCUGGAUGAGGAUGGCGACUUUGAUGUCACACACCGGCCGAGGAAACUGCCAGAAAAUAGCAGCCGGGACCUGGUUUGUCCUGUUAUUCUCAAACAGCAAGAGAACGAUGAAGAAAAUGCAGAGGAGGAAGUGGAUUCGAGCCCGACCAAACAUCUAGUCAUUGAGCACACUAUGGCCACGCCUCUGGAGGAUGUUGGCAAGCAGGUGUGGCGAGGGGCAAUCCUGCUCGCUGACUUCAUCCUGUCGGACCCGCUACUCUUCAAAACUGCCACUGUUCUGGAUUUAGGAUCUGGAAUGGGAUUGACCAGCAUUGUCAUGGCAACGGUGGCUAAACAUGUGUACUGUACAGAUGUGGGUCAAGAUCUUCUAAAUAUGUGUCAGAAGAACAUGUCGCUCAACAAGCACCUUACUGAAACUACAGGUGGUGAAGUGAAAGUGCGGCAGUUGGACUGGCUCCAGUAUGACCUCUGCACAGACCCUGAUGUGGAAUUCACCUGGACAGAGGAGGAAGUAGCUGAUCUCUACGACAACACCACUGUGAUCAUCGCUGCUGAUAUUUGCUAUGAGGACGAUCUAACAGACGCCUUCUUCCGCACCGUGUACCGUCUCUGCAGCAACUUUCGCCACGAUUGCACCGUCUACAUCUCCAUUGAAAAAAGGUUGAACUUCACCAUCAGACACAUGGAUGUGUCAUGCGAGGCCUACGACCAUUUCCGCCGCUGCCUGGACCAACUUCAGGCCCUGACUGACGGACAGUGUCGCUACUCGGUGCAACAAAUCCCCUCAGACUUCCCUCAGUUUCUGCAGUAUGAAAGGAUAGAACAAUUAGAGCUUUGGAAAGUGACGGCCUCACGGAUUCCACUGGACUCUGCCAAGUCCGAUACUAAGCUGCAGUCGUCUUGACCUUGAUUGCCAUCUAUUUAUUAUUUACCUUUUAGUAUUUUACCAGUCAGAACCGGUCCCUGACCAGAGCUCCCAGUCAUUCAGUUGAUGAUUAGACAUUUUAUAAUGGGACAUGAAGAGGAGUGCAGGCGUGACGCGAGCAGCAAGCGCUCCAGGAUUUAAUAAAGACGUUACCUUGUUGUUGUUUGCGCCUGGUGUAUCUCAAACCUUUGUAUUGCCAUGUAACAAAGUUAGAAAACCAACUGCAUUUUUCAAAUAAAAAAAUAUUGAUAGAAAAAAAAGUUUCCAAAUGACAGACCAACUUCAAGACAAAGCUAACAGCCAUCUAAAAACAAUACAUAACUAAUUAACUUAAAAAUACACACAGAAAUACUAAAAAUUGAAAUCAUGCAUAACAUUAGAGGAAACGAUUUGAAAUGGACAUCUUAAAUAAAUUCAUGAUGCUAACAUGAUAAACACUAUACAACAAAUGAAAUUAUAUUCAUUUAAAAACACUAUAGAAAUAGAGGCAUUUUAAUGCAAAUACAUUUGUGUUAGCAUUGUGAGUUUAUUUACAUGCUUAUUUCAAAUAUUUCCCCUAAAAUUGUGCAUCGUUUUUG